AUGCGUUCAACGAGUGACCCACCUGGUCAAACUAAGGGGGAUGGUGGAACUUGUAAACUGAACGAGUCUAAAGUGUCAAUUCGCGACGAUCAAGCUAAUAAGAAGGAUGGUAAGAGAAAGGCCGAUUAUGUUGUGCGUGACGUGACCCGAUCGAAGCGUGCGAAUAUGAUUGCAUCAACAUCGAACCAACAUGAUAGCAGUGACGAGUUCGUGGAUGAACGCCCUCGCACUCGCGUAAAGCCGACCAUCAAUCAUAAGAGUAAAUGUAAAGAUUCUGUUGAUCAUGGACAUACUGUCGUUCAAGAACCAGAUAACAAGCUGGUCGUAUAUGAAUCUGAUAGUGACGACGUUGUCUUCCCUGUUGUGAAUACGAGAUCGUCAGCAUCCAUGUUUGUGAAGGUCGUGUUUGGACUGUCUGAUGCACAUAAACAUGCAGUUUGCGAGAUGGGCUUUGGAUCCCUAUUAGACUUGAAGAUAACGUCAUUGCCAUUGAAAAUGGGGUUCUGGUUGGUGGAAAACUUCAACUAUAUGGACCGCAAACUGCGGCUAUACGACGGUGAAAAGAUACAUGUGAGGGAGGAGGAUGUGGAUUCUGUUUUAGGACUUCCUCGUGGCUCACUUCAGAUAUCGAACAAAAAAAAGAGGGCGGAGUCAGCCAUACUUAGUCAGUGGAUUAACCUAUUUGAUGUUAGAAGCUUAACCAAUAUCACAACAGCUAAGGUGCUCGAGAAGUUUCAUGAAUGUGCAGACGGCGGCGAUUGGUUUAAGAGGCACUUCAUUGUUCUGAUGGUGACGUGCUUGUUUGAUAGCUGUCAAAACGGGAUGGUGAAUUCUCGUAUUGUGCACUUGCUCGACGAUGUAUCAAAGUUGUUCUAUGUGGAUAAAGUUGUGUUGUCGAUGAGGUCAGUUCUAAGAUCGUUCCCCACGUUUAAAGCAUGGAGUAAUGAUCUUUUGAGGGACAGGGAACGUGCCGAGAUAGAGUCUGGUACAUUUGGUAGAGGAUUCGUGGAUGUGGACGCAUGUGCCAUGGAAGAUGAUUGUCGUCCAUACAUAGUCGAAACAAAUGCAGAUGGCGAGCCGACGACUAGGUGUGAGGCUGAAAACGAUGUCUAG